UCAAUGGCCGGAACCAAGAGAUAUACAACUGCUUUCCAUAGACCAGCUACAAAGAAUGCUGCAAAAGCACCAAAAUAUCCAAGAUCACUUAAAGCUAAUAGAAAUAAAAUGGACGAAUUUUCCAUUAUUAAAUUCCCACUCGCUACAGAAACUGCUCUUAAGAAAAUCGAAGACCACAACACUCUUGUUUUCCUUUGUGAACAAAAAGCUAAUAAGACUAUGAUUAAGAAAGCUGUUGAAAAGAGAUAUGGAGUUAAAGUUAUUAAAGUAAAUACCCUUGUUAGACUUGAUGGUCUUAAGAAAGCUUUCGUUAGACUUGCACCAGAUGUAGAAGCUAUGGAAGUUGCUACCAAGAUUGGACUCUUCUAA